GAGAUGGCACCUGUAUCCAAAUAAUGAAGAGUAUUUUCCUACAAGAAAAAAAGAGGGAGAAAAUACCAAGUCGAGAAAGUGAGUGAGAUAUGUACAAUUCCUCGUUGAUCAUCAGCUAAACAACGAAGAAUCAAAGCUACAAUUAAACGAAAAUCGGUCAAGAGUGAGAAAGUUAUGCCGUGUAGAUUUAGAUAAUCAAAGUUAUCUAUCAUCCACAUUUUUUUUCUUCUCAUUUAGUCAUCAAAUAAUAAUAGUUCAACGAUAACUGAUUUCAAUAUGUUACAUACAUUAUCAAAUAAUGACUGGAAAAAAUAUUGUCUUGUUAAUCUCAUGAUAUCGAAUCAUAAUCAAACACUGUCGACAAUUAUUAGUUAUCCAGCUUCAAUACGUACCUAUGAUGUAGGUGGAAUGUGUUCGAUUCCAUUUGAAACGACAAAAAGUAAUGUUACUAAAGAAUUAAGUUUGAAUACGGGUAUUACAUUUGUUAGUAAAUAUUUAUUAAACAGUAAAAAUUCAUCGAUUCUAUUUGAUCUUAUUAUGAAAAUAAGUUACUUGUAUUUAAGAUAA